AUGGCUUCGAAGGCAACCAACAGCAGCAUAAGAGAAAUUCAAGGCGACCUCUUCGACGCGCCAGACGGAGCAGCCUUGAUCCACGCAUGUAACUGUAUCGGGUCCUGGGGUGGUGGGAUUGCAAAAGCAUUCAAACAGAAAUAUCCGGCUGCAUACAACAUCUACCAUUCACAUUGCCAGAAGUACAAAUUCAGUCCGGAGUACAUAGUAGCUUCAGAUCCACCAGAUCAGCCAAGCAAUCCACAAUCGUCCACCAGAAAUAGGAAUAUCCGAUUACCAGAGGGCACAGCUCUCAUCAUUCCGCCCCAGGAAACGGACUACAAGGGCAAAGGCAAGAAACACUGGAUCAUCUGCCUGUUUACUUCCCGCAAUUUCGGGAAGAGGGUCAGUUCUCCUGAUAUCAUUAUCCAGAAUACUGAGCUUGCUGUCGCGGAUAUGGUGAGGCAGAUUGAUGAGCUUCGUGCUGAAGACUCGGGAGCUGGGGCGCUUUGGUCGUGUCGGUUUAAUUCGGGGCUGUUUGGUGUCAAGUGGGAGCUUUCUCGGAGGGUUUUGGAAGACUCGGGUCUAGAUUUUACUGUUGUACGGCCGGAGGAUGAGGAUGAAUGA